AUGGCAACUGGCGGUACUUGUGAAGAUAUUUGUCAAAGCAAUUGCUCGCACUGCGAGGAACCGCUGAACGUUGAGUGUUCUUUUAAGUGUUUACAGUGUAAUUUGACAGAUGGGACAAGCAAGCCUCCUGAGAUCUUCUGCGAUACGUGUAUAACUGUCAUUCAUGUCAAGAAAGGUCAUCAAAUUGUGGAUAACCGAAAUCUGGAGCCAGCUAUUUGUAGCGAACACAAACAGUUAUGCCUGGACUAUUGUAAGUCUUGUGAAGCGUUGAUAUGUACGAAGUGCUUAAGACUGCAUAGAAAGCACGAUUCAGUUCCGCUGACUGAAAAGGGCUCCGAAGUUAGACGAGAAGUGUUUGAACUGCUGUCGGAAUGGGAGAAAAAUGAAAAGGACGCAAUCAAAACUGCCGAAUCAAUUUUGGUUGUUGUCGAAAAUUAUGAAACAGAUGCUAGUGCGCUGAUUCAAAAUAUUGAAGAGGUGUUGGAUCAAGCGAAAAAAAGCAUUACCGAAAAAAUAAGAGCGAAAUUGAAUGCGUUUAAGGAGAUUGAAAAUAAAUCAAAAGAACGCGUGGAAACAAUCGGCAAGACCCAAACUGAUCUGAGAUGUUUGCUUGGCGUAUCAACCGGAGCAAUGAUUAGUCAAUUUCCCAUUGUGAAGACAAACAUAGAUGCCCUGAGAGAAACUGAUGGAAACAUUGAUGGGCUUCAAUUGACCCAUUCGAAAUUCGAAGAGCUCAAAGACUUUGAAACACUAAGUCAGGAUUUGAUCCUUCAAAUAAUAUCUGCCAUAAAAUUGUCAAGUUUGUUCAGUGAAAACAAAGAUUCUGAGAGUCCUCAAAAACCGAAAGACGAAUUGUUUUCAGACGAAAAUAUUAACUUUACCCGAAGUGCGAACUCUAAAUUUGUCAUUUGUCUGUCUUUGGGUUGGAAACUAACGAGCAGUGGAUCUGGCUUCGAGAAAGUCAGACUGUGUCUUUACAAAGCCUUCAGACAACGCCUCGCGCUCCUGGGAGGCGAGAAGAAGUACUACACCAGUGCUGGCCACGUGCAAGUGGAUAUCCACCCCUCAUCUGUUUUGCAUAAGAAGCUCCCGUCGGCUGUGAUCUACAAUGAGCUGGUACAGACCACAAAAACCUACAUGAGAGGCGUCUCAAUUGUGAAAGAAGAUUGGAUAGUUGAUGUGCACCAAUAA